UCAGUCGAGUUCGAUUUUGUUUUGGAAGUUUGCAGUGCGGUAGUUGAAUAUUGACGUCAAAGAAAAUUGUAAAGACUUUGUUUUGAGCUUGUUAACAGCACUGAUCGAUUAGCUUAUACCUUUCAAAGAAAAACUGACGGCUUAGUGAAAGUGCAUCUCAAACUAUGGAGGUGGAUCAAUUUGCAUUAGAGAUUGCGUAUCCAGAGGGUUCACGACUACCCCUCAUCGACGAAUCAUCGGUUCUAGGAACGCAGGCGCCGAAAGACAGACUGAUAGCAGUACUAGAUCAAGUCGAGAUGCGAGUGGAGAGGCUCCGAAAAGACACAGUCAGGAUUGAAGAAGAAAAGGACUCCUUACUUUCAACUUUAGACAGCAUCAAACAUUCAGAACUGCUAUUGGAUAUAUCGGAGUGUGAUAAGGACGAUAUCACACGAUACGCGGACCGCAUCCUGUCCCGGGCUAUGACCGUAGAGGUGACAGUGCGCACUGACCGAGACCAUCAGCAGGAGGAAGCUCUGUAUCAGGUGAACAUGUACAUCGAUCAGCUGGUGAUGUCCGUGCACAACGACGCAGUGAGUGCGCAUUCCCGUUGCCAGACCUAUAUGAACGCGUGCACGUCUCAGCCGGACCCCAACGCGGGCACCGACAAGAACUUUGAGACGGCCAUCCUGGGCUGCACCCUCGACGAUCAGAAGCGCGUCAAGAAACGACUCCAAGGCCUGCUGGACUACAUCGCGAAGUUAAACGUGACCACGUGCUCGUGAGUGGCGGACAUGCUCGGCGACAAGUUGGCGUUUUAAUGGGGCGCUUUGCGAGGCGCCGAGACGUUGUUCUGUCGUCGGAAGCGGCUUUAGCAUUCGUGUUCUGAAUUUGAAUGGAGUGUUUUCGGAUUUUUGAUUAUUUUUUUUGUCUUUCUCAUGUAUAGUCUGUAGACGUAUUUUUUUAUUCUCCGUGAGAGGCAAUGGUCUGUCAGUAUACGAUGCUGUUUUUUUUUUGACAAAGGAAUACAAUACUGGGCCAAGAUAUUUUGAAACCGUUACACGUUUUGUUUUAUAACGGAGAACGUACAAGAAGAAAUGUAUAGAGAGCGUUUUGAAAUAAAAAAAAUUAAAAAAUAUUUUUAAAUCUACGCUUGGCAGAUCGCAUUUGUUCGGUGUUGGAUUUAUCAUGUAUAUUUUAUGAAUUAUAGUGAUUGUGGAUGCAGUUUGUUUUGGUUGGUAAUCAUGAAACUUCCACCGGCUUCGCCAUUCGUGUAUAGACCGCUUAUAUUAAAUUGUAGAAACGGUUAACUUAUAGACGUAUUAAACACGACGUGAAUCUGUAUUUAGAAUUUACUUCGUGACGACACAGAUAUUUAAAUUUAAUACAACAAAUAAACGGCAGUGUGUUAUCGUAAACUUUAUCACAUAGAAUACGUUUGCUUUAAAUAUUGGCAUUUCCGAGUUAUUUAUGAAAACAUAGUGGCAUGUUAAAUGUUUUAAACACAUUAUUGUAGGAUUUGAUUGAAGAAGAUAAUUUAAUAUUAAAGGCCUUAGAGUCAAUGUGAUCAAAAUAACUUUUUUAUAUUCGUGAUCUAUGGUUUGACUAUCAAAUUAAAAAAAAAAAAACCUAGAACUAAAAUCAGUACUGUCAUCUGCAAAGUGUUUUUAAAUUCAGUGUUUAACUAAAAGCUAUUAAAAUAAAUGAUCUCACGACCUUUAAGGAAAAUUAUCUUCUUGAGUUCAACCAUUAUCAAAGUUACUAUGUUAAGUUAGUACUUAUAUUAAUUAGCACAAUACGCAAGCUCUGCGGUAAACAAUGAUGAUGGGUAAUUCAUUGAACUGACGUGUAUUUGAUAAAUUGUAUUUCAAAGUCAUUUAUUGAUUUUUAUUUGACGUGCUUAAUUAAUCUCAUAGAAAUUUGUAGUAAUUUAAAAGUAGAUGCACAUAUAAACAACAUAAUGAAGGAAACAAUUUUGAUUGGUUUAUGGCAAUAGUAGCAUUUUUUUCAAUUUUUUUUUUUUUCAAAACCAGAAAGAAGAAAUCGUGUUCUAACGGUGUACACGUGCUAGUAGGGUGGAGGUAAGGAGCACACUAUGUACAAAAUAAUGGCGCCACUGUAGCAAGAGGUGUAAUUUCAAAGAUGGCGCCAAAAUAGUAUGUUAAAAUUUAUUCAAUUUUGCUUCUCACACUGCGCUCCAUUUUCAACUGCUAUUCAGAUUAUACUACUUGCUUCUAUGGCGCAAUUUUGAUGGGUAUUGGGUUGUAAUGUUAAUGCGAAUUUGUCUCCGAUAUUAUCCUAGCCUCUACCCUCCAUACGUGCAAGCAACUGGGCAAUGGUGUUACUAGCUGAUAGCUGUGUUGCCAGUCGUCAAAACAGAUCUGUAAAGGAGGUAAGAGUCGCGAACAUGACCGGGUCAGAAGUUAAUGAUCACGUCAGUUUGAUUUGUUGAAUGGUUUUCAUAAGGUGUGUGAUAUUACCACGUACGAAGGUUAUGAGCCGCAGUCGUGAGUUAAGGCUGCUUUUAUAUAUUUGGAAAAAUUAAAAUGUGAAAAAUUGUAACUAAA